UGUGGAAGUUCCCCGCAGUCCUGGUUCGCUUUGCAGGCGCGUACACCCUCUGCAGUCACUCAGCUAGUCUGUAUCAUGUAUGACAGCCAUGCCCCGCAGCUUUUCCUGUCUAUAUUCCUCUUCUGUUUCGGAGUGAAGGCGAUGACUGAUCACUCCUGUUAUGACACGGACGCAGUGGACAUGGUGGUCCCCGUGGAGCUCUCUGGAGAGGAGGCUCACCUGUUGCAUGACUCAUCCAGGCGCAGCGCGCGUCGGCGCGGCCAGCGCUCUGUCGAUUCCCGGGGUGGACUAAACUCGGUGGAGGACACCUUAUUUUUCUCUUUACCUGCUUUUGGAAAAGACCUGUACUUACACCUGAAAAUGGAUGCCGCUUUUCUGUCUGAGGGGUUUGUGGUCGAGGAGAGGGGAGGCGAAAGAGACCCCCCUAAAUGGUCGCACCUGGCCAGAGACCAGCUCUGCUUCUACUCGGGAUGGAUUAUCAACCACACCGACUCUUUUGCCUCCCUCAACACCUGCAGCGGUCUGGUAAACUACUUCUCCUUCACCUGGUAUUGUUUUCACGGAACUUGA